UUGUACUCUAUUGUAAAUGAAUGUUUUCCGUAAAGAGGGUUUCUUCAGUUGUAGCGACAGAAAGUAACGGAGAAUUUGUCACAAGGGCGCUCUCUCACUCAAAAUGGUGCAUUAUCAAGUGACAACUUUGAGGUGCUACUAAUUUUUCGGUUGAUGUCAGUCGGAGGUGUGCAUUGCCUACAGUGUCUGUAUUUUAAAUUGAACUGUUUUUAAUUUGAAGUCUCCGUCGGUCACGUCUUAUUGGAAUUCGCUGUUUUCGAUCAGUCAUGUCCAUGAGGACGACGCUUAGUGACAAUGCCUUGAGCGAACGUUUAUCGGACAAAGAUAUUUUCAAGAUCAAACUUUCGUUAUCUUGUUUAUCGAACCGCGUUGUGGUGUGCGGAACAACAGCAAGCCUUUAUCUUUGGCAACCGCCAAGCAUCGAUCGUCCUUCGAAUCAAUGGACCCUUGAGCGAAGUGGAGUGCCUGUGUUAGUCAUCAGCACUGGAGACUGUGGAGCGAGGAAUCCUAAAGGAGUGCAUGUGAGUUUAGUAGAGAGAGAUAGCGGCUUUGCGACUUGGAAAGAAACCCUCACUUCGAACUCUAACUACCACGAACAACAAAAGAACUUUCAUACGUUGAUGCUCUCUAAUGGGGACGGGUCCAUGGCGGGGUUUCGCUUUAAUUGUGAGGAAUCUGCCAAUGUUUUCUUAAAAGAGGUCGAAGCUGCAGUGCAAGAAAUCCUGUCGUCUGUUUCGGCUCCGGAAUUGAAUAAACUUCCCACGACUACAAACAGGGAACGUUUAAAAAAGUUCCGCAAGCUAAAAAAAGUUGAGAUAUCAACGCCAUGUCUGUUUAGCCAUGUUACAAGUAUAACGUCGGCCACACAAAUCGGCGAAGGAGAAAAAUCCAAAAGUAAAAAGGACAAAGACAAAGGAAAGACCUUGAACGGAGAACUCAGCAGACCCGCUCACAUUAGAAGAGCUUUUAGUAUGUCGAAGAGAAGGUAGUGCGAAGAUAUCUUUGAUUAGCUUUGACCUGUUUUGCAUUCGCUGCCAGUCAAGAUACCACGGCAUAUCUUGGAUUGAGAGGCUGGAGGAAUUUAAAUAUUCGCCCCAUCUUUGCUGCGUUUGACCAGCCAGUUUUAUAUAGAUUAAUAUAUAGAAGUAAACAUCGUCAUAUAUUUUAGAGCGUCAAUUUGAUGACUGGUUUAUGUAUUUGUGGGAAAUAAUGUCACUACUUUGAUCAAGUUGUUUUGUUUAAAAAUCGAUUUAUAAGUUGUCUAUCGCGACAACUUAUAAAUAAGUCAUCUUCCGCGCCAGCGGCAAAGCUAUUAAUUCGUCACACGACAGCGUCAAAUGUAAGCAUCGCUCUUCAAAAUCUUUGGUGUAUGCGGUUUCCUCGAAGAGGGUAAUGGGUCCCGACUGAAUAAAUAUCGUCUUUGGUCCAAUAUUUUGUAAACACAAUUCACUUUUCUGUGGAAUGCAUUUUUAAGAGUUGUAGGUACUUAUCUACAGACUAGGCUGUUGACCUAAAGAAUAGUUGUAUCCGUAAAUGGCAUUAGCGCUUCUUUCAAUCAAUGCUGUAAUUCUCUGAGGAAUGUUUCCAAACAACAGAGUCAAAAUGCACAUGCGGGAGAGAGGUAGUUUUGAUAUGUAAAUCAGCAGAUUUUCUUGUGACUGUGGGGCUUAAAUUUAACUUUGCCUUUUGGACUAUGAACGGUAUGGUGCCACGGGCAUUAGGGACAAGUUGAGGUCUGUAGGCUUUUCUCCAACAUUCUUAAUUAAGCAUAUCUGGAGAAUGUCUGCACUUGCCAGGUGAAUUCAGACAUGUUAUCUCUGUAGAUUUCUUUACAAAUCCUUGGCAACCUUCCCAGACUGCUGAGAGAAAAUCAUGGUAUACUGAUCUCAUUUACAAGCCUUUUGCAAGCAUAUAAGUAGUUUGAAUAAAGGGAUGCUUGAAUGA